AUGAUCAGAACUUGGUUUAAAGAUGUGUAUGGGAAAUCGACACCUUUCCAUCCAUACAAUGAAUUCUUUAGGCCUCAAAGGUUUAGGGAGUGUGAACUAAUCCAUUGUCGGUGGGCUAUGUUGGCUACUCUUGGUACUCUCAAGUCGAAUGCGUCACCGGUGUUACAUGGCAAGAUGUCAGAAGAUGAUCUAGCGACGCCUCUUGUCCAAAUUCAUCACCAACCCACGUCGUUUCUUCGCAAAUCAUUCAUACCCACCUCCUCAAUCUUCAAAUCGUAUCUUCAUAGAUCGAGGGCAAAUUACCUACGUAAAUUCAAUGUGUUUCCCCAAACGGUGUUGCUAACAUGCACCUCCUUUAGGAACUACAUGUCAAAUACUCAGGUGGUGAAAUUACGAAGAGAAUCGGUAGCGGCAUGCAUGACAUGCCCUAUCUGCAAUAAGCUCUUUCGAGAUGCCACUACUAUCCCCGAAUGCCUUCAUACGUUCUGCAGGAAAUGUAUUCAUAAGAAGCUCACAGAUGAUGAGCUUGAAUGUUGUCCAAUAUGCAAUAUUGAUCUGGGAUGUGUGCCUUUAGAGAAACUGAGGCCAGAUCAUAGUUUGCAAGAUGUUAGAGGGAAAAUAUUUCCCUCAAAAAGAAGAAGGGUAAAGGCCCCUGAAGUUGUGCCUUCAGUUACAUUACCAUUAAGAAGAAAAGAAAGAUCACUCUCAUCACUUGUAGUCAGCACUCCUAGAGUGUCAACACAAACUACAAUGACUGGCAAAAGGUCAAAAGUACCCUCAAGAAAGAAACCACGUGGGUCCUCUUUCUCUAUUGAGAAAUCUGUCAAGAAAGAAGAAAACUCCAUGGAUGAUCACCAAGAUAGCUCGAGUUCUCGUGAGAUUUCAAACAAGUUCACACAGAACAAUAAUUCUUCACCAUCGAGUGCCCCUUCACCUGAUAAAGAAACAAAGAAUGGGAAGGGGUCUAGUGUGAAAUCAGAACCACAAAAUACCCCAAAGAGUGAAGGGCAAUUACGUAAACUUAAAGGAAAAGAUCAACUGAAGCGAUCAAAAUUUCAAGAUGAGAAUGGGAGGUCUGAUGUGGAUGUUGCAGAAUCUGCAAAACCCAAAAAGAUAAGAAAAAAACGCAAAAAUAAUACAGGUAAUGCCACUGUAAUGGAUGCUGAUGCUAAUAAUGCUGCAAUGGAGAAAAGAAUAAGUCCUAUUUGGUUCCAUUUAGUGCCUUCUCAACAACAGGAAGGUGAACCAUUGGGCCAGAUAGAAGGAAGUUUUGUCAGACUAAAGGAUGCAAACAUACCUGUUUCAAUUAUCCAGAAGUUUGUUAUGACCAAACUGAAACUUGGAAGUGAACAUGAGGUUGAGCUCAGAUGCAUGGGUCAACCACUGGUGCCAACAUUGCUGCUAGGUAAUCUCAUGGAGCUGUGGCUCCAGACACAGCCAACUUCACAGACACUUUCCGUCAUAAUCGGCUCAUCAGCUAAGGAAUACAUGAUGGAGAUAUCGUAUGCUAGAAAAACUCCCGCCCUGAUUCCGAUUCCAAUUCCGACCCCGGUUCCAAUUCCAGUUCCGGCUCCAGCUCCGACUCCGACUCCGGCACCGGCACCGGCACCAGUGACUUGACCGCUAUUCCCCUCCUUCGGUUUCCACAUAGUGUAAGAAAUGGAAGGACAAGAAGCUGAGAUGUUCUAGUUUUAUAGUUUAUGUAUCAGACAAUAUGACUAAUUAUAAAGUUUUAAGUUACUAUAUAGUUGUAGGUUUGUGGUUUUUUUACUACAUAUGUCGGUGAAUUUUCAAAUGUUGUCACCUUUGAACCCUCAACUUUUUAUUAGUUCAUAACUAUUGCUAGUAUUUCUGCC